UAGCAACAUGCUUUAUAAGUAGAUAGCUGAACUUCCCUGUUUCGCACCUGCUGUUCCAACUGCACUUGCUGGAACAAAGGUAGAUCUUCAAGAAGACGACAUCUAGCUGAUCCUAUGGGCUCAUAUAUCAUUACGCCUGCCCAAGUGUGUGUUGCUAUAUCAUUAUGAGUUUCACAUUUUUCUUGAUACUAGUUUUCGGAUGCUAAUUAAUCCGUACAAUUUUUUUAAAACGAUAUACUACUUAAUAUCAAAGUAAGUGUAUAUAGUGAGUGAUACGGAAUUUGAAAGAGAAAAGUGCAAGCUCAAACUAAUAAUGAGCCUAUAUGAUUAAAAUUACUAGUACUUCAAUUAUGGAAGCACAAAAAAUGUUGCUAAUGGCGACUGAAUGGUACCUUCAACGCCAAUAGACUUUUCAAAAAAAGGGCAUUCUAGUGUGUUGGGUUCUACUACGAAAUAUCAGCACAAUGAUCAUGUCCAACAUAAGUGGAGUCUAUUAUACGUGACAAGAUAGAUAAGAGGAAUAGAGAGAAAAGAGAAGUGGUAGUAAGAACUGGCUGCUGCAGAUAACUGGAACAAAUUUAUGUGAUAUUUUUUUCCAUGUAAAAAGGGAAAUAUGUAUGUAUUUCAAUGAGUAAUGAAUGCAUGCAGAGAACAUAAGAGAGCAAGGAGUGGGUUAGAUACUUAGAAUCUCAACAAGAUUCCUAUAUCAGUCCCCAUAUAAAUAAACGUAACAUUUCAAUUACCAUUACAAUACGCCAUAGAGCUUCCAAAAUUGUUUGUUCUAAUUAACCUUUACCUGAUCAAAAAAUAAAAAAUAAAAAAAAAUAAAAAAUUGUUCGGUCUAAUGGUGCAGCAGGAAGAUGAGGAUCAUCCAUCUGAAGCUGUCCGCUGCGCGAUUUGCGACGCCACGCGUCCUUUCAUCCUCCACCUUAUCCCCUACAGAGGUCUCCAACGCCAUAUUUGCACCGCCUGCGUACUGGAUUCCCACCCAGGUUCCUUCUGUCCCAUCUGUUUCGAUGUCUUCCUUAACAACCCUCCUCCACCCCUUCUCUGUCUCCUUUGCUUAAAAUGCCCUUCUAUUUCUCACAUCUCUUGCGUCCCUCAUCCUCAUCCUUCCUCCUACUUGUGCCCUCUUUGUUCUAACCCUAAUUUCACUUUCUUCCAUGUUACUCCCAAUGCCAAUAACAACACUAUUGAAAUCAACCUUCAUUUGGCUAAACAGUUGGUUGCUGCUGCUACAAUUGCUUUUGAAUCUAUCAACAAUGCUGCUGUUAUGGCUAGGAUUAACGCCGAUAUUAGGGUACAGGAAGCUCUGUUAUCUAAGGCUGAAGCGAAGCAAGUUUUGGAUAGGCUAAACAAUCUGGUCACAUCAGGUAACGGUACAGGAGAAAACGGGAGACAUGAAGCAAAAGGAUGCUCAUCUCAACCUUCAGAUGCAGAUGAUUGAUACCCAUUAUGAUUAGCUUAAGCAGUUGCAAUUUUGAAACAUUGCUAUAUAAUUGGCAUUAUAGCAACAUGCUUUAUAAGGUUUUUCUUUGUCUUUUUCUGCGGACCUCUUGCAACUUCACUCUUUUUUUGAAUGCUCCGGCUAUUUCUGGAGCUGUUUUUUGGCAAAUAGAGGAACUGGAAUUAUUCAUUCAACUAUAUCUAGCUUACUUUUAAAGCCUCUCUUGCAUUUUACAAUUUUACUGGUGAGUUCUAUUAUAAUCUUUGAUUUAGGCUA